AUGUCCUUAACUUUCCAAAUUUUCCAUUUUUUUCCUCAGAAAAAUGGAAACCACAGAGCUUAAACUGAUGAUUAACAUAACCAUAAUCAUCUUCUUUUUCAUUAAUUUUUCCCCAGCGUCUUCAGUUGAUGUAUGCAACCCAACAUCAUGUUCAGAAAUGGGUAUUGGACCGGAAAUCCGGUUCCCUUUCCGGCUAAAAAACCGGCAACCGGACCGUUGUGGAUUUCCCGGUUUUGAUCUUUCGUGUAAUGAAAGAGGCCAAACAAUAAUUACACUACCUUCUUCAGGUGAUUUUUUAGUAACAGAUAUUGAUUAUAUUGCUCAAUCUAUAAUCCUAUAUGAUCCAGAUUUUUGUCUAGUUAAUAGACUCAUGGAUUUUAAUCUCACAAAUUCACCAUUCAGAGCUGCUCAUCAACGGAAUUAUACAAUCGUCAGGUGUACUUCAGGUGACUGGUUAAAUUAUCCACCAAAUUAUCAGGUGGCGAUUCUGUUGUAUUGCCGGGGCGUUUCGAGCAGAAAUCAGGCGAUUUUAGCAAUGCCGCCUAGUAUGUAUGAACAAGAAAAGCCAAUUGGUUGCAAAUUGGUGAAUCCUAGGGUUUCAGUUCCAUUGCAAUUGGGAGAUUCUCAGUUUUGGUCACCAAUGGAGGGUCUUGUGUUAACUUGGAAUGAACCACGUUGUAGAAUUUGUGAAAAUGAAGGGAAACUUUGUGGGUUUAAGAGUGAUACUGGAUCUGAUAUUGCUUGCUCAAAUCCUCCUCCUUCUAAAGGACUUCCCAGGGGUGCCAAAUAUGGCAUAAUAAUUGGAGUUGGAGUACCAGGUCUUGUAUGUUUAAUCGGGAUAAUAAGCUUUGCUUUUGGUAAACUUAAGGUUUAUACCCUCCGUCGUGAUUUGAACGCCAAUCUUCCAACCACCAUUAAUCUCCAAUCAGCAAUACCAAUGACAGGUCUUAACAGGGCAACCAUCGAUUCCUAUCCCAAGAUCGUGCUAGGGGAGAGCAAACGCCUUCCAAACCCCAACGAUGGCACUUGUCCGAUAUGUCUAUCGGACUACAUGCCUAAAGAAACCUUAAGAACUAUACCAGAAUGCAACCAUUAUUUUCAUGCUGAAUGCAUUGAUGAAUGGCUUAAGCGCAAUGCUACUUGCCCCUUGUGUCGAAAUACACCUGAUGGUUCUAUACAUCCUUGUUCAUCAUCAACUUAUUUGGUCUCAUCUUCUCCGUAGGCCUCACAAAGAUACUCUAUUUUGCUAUGAUUUUAAUGUUGUUCAUAGGGAAUUAUUCUUGUUGUAUAUAAGUUGUGAGCUCGAGGUAUUGUAAAUGGACAGACAAUAAAGGGUGUAGGAUAUAAUUCUUUUUGUCUUUGUUUCUCUAGAAAGGAAAGGAAAUGAGAGGGACAUUAUGCUUUUCAAACACUACUAUUGUAGUUACAAAUCACUUGUCCCUCCUGAAUUAUUGGGUUGAAACACAUACAUAGCAAUGGAUGAUUUUGUUCUUUACAAA